AUGGAAGCCUUCUGCGCUCCACAAACUUGCCUUGCAGGCUCCUUGGUACAUCGUGGGUCCGCAUAUGGAUGGCGACAGUAUCCGGUUCAGCGGGAGCGGCUGCCAAAGACACGCAGGUUCCCCCGCAGCGGGCGUGGUGCUCAGGUUUUCUGUGCGCUCUGCGCAGCCGGUCGGCUUGGUGAUGCUCCACCCUUACCUCGACGGCGUGGCCCAAAGGGCCCACGGCAGAAGCGUCAGAUCCAGAAGCAGGAGGAGGAUGCGACUGCGGCAAGUGCUCGUGCCCGCUUCGAAGAACGCCGGCGGCAGUGGGCAAAGAUGCGGAGGGAUGGUCGACUCGACAUGGAGUCGUCCGUGACCGAGCAGGCGGUGCUGGAGAAGCGCCAGCAAAAGAAGCAAAAAGACGCCAAUGAUCGCACUAAGGUUGAGCUGCAGCGGCUGAGAGCUGAGGGCAAGCAGCAGGACCUGGUCGAGCUUCUGCCGACGUUGGGGGGAGAUCCAUGGCAAUACGGCGUGGAAUGCUUACUGUCCCUGGGCGCUCUGAAGUCGGUUGCGGCAAUCGUUCGAGAUGACAGGAGCCGCAUCGCCCCAAAGAAUUGGGCGGAGGCUGCGGUUGCCUUGGCAGACGCCGUACUCUGUAUUGACCAGGCUUCCAAUGAAGCCAUUGACAAAAGCAAGGCCGAGGAGCUGCUGGCUGGACUCAUCGACGCAGGGCGCCCGCGUCAGGCACUGGAAGUGUACACUCAGCUGGCUAUCCUGGACGCACAGCGUGCCGUGAAUCUGCUGGAAAGGGCGCGCUGGCCGAAAUCGGAUGCAGAAAGGGAGGCUGUUGGCCAGGUCCGGCAAGAAGCCGGCGCUGCCUUCGAGAAGGCCUUGUCACGGCUGAGCUCUGCACCCAAGCUGUCGACGGACUGGCACUUGAAGGAGGCCAACAUGUCACACUUCGGCUCUGGCAAUUCGAUCGGGGAAAAAGCCAUUGCAUUCGCCGACGCUGCGCUUUUAAACUCCGUGCUGUCAUCAGUUGGCAGCGGAGCUGCGGUUGCCAGGGACCUCCGAGAUCUGGCCCAGCAGUACCCCGAGGUGUCUCUCGACUACACGAUUCGCCGGGAGCUCUACGCCUUCGGUGUUCGGGGAGCACUGGCUGCGAUGGCGACGCAGUCGGGAGAAGGAGGCUGGACUUACCGAGAUAAAGAUCCUCCUCCGGGCUAUGACGGUGCGAACCCGCAAAGCACCUUCAAGCCUUACCUUCGGGACUUGGAGCUGUGGCAAGCCGCUUCGGAUGUGCCUGAGGAGAAGCAGGGCUUGAAGCUGGUCCAGGUCUUGACUGGGGCAGCCAAGGCGGCGGUCGACACCCUCACCGUGAAGGAGAUCAAGGGCGCCGACGGCUACCCCAACGUGAUCAAGAAGCUGAAGGAAGCGUUCGAGCCGUACGUGGAGACGGCCCUUCCUAGAGCAAUGGAGAACGCCUUUUACGGCCAGCCGCGCGGCCACAAAGAGAGUGUUAGUGAGUUCUUGGUGCGCUUCCAAAGGGCGCAAGCGGUGCUCAAGGAUGAGGGCAUCACUCUUCCCACCAAGGCGGUGGGCUACCUCCUCUUCAGACAAGCCAACUUGGACCACGAGUUGGAGGCCAGGCUUGUGACCUGGCUGGCGGGCGACUACUCCUUGGACACGGUGAUCACGAACCUGCGCCGGCUAGAGAGAGUGACUUCCGAGCCGGGCAAGAAGGUCUUUUAUGGAGAAGGAGAGGACCCCGAGGGCGAGCAGGAGGCUUACGGCGCCGAGACCUAUGUCACCGAUCAGGCCGAGGACGACGACGAUGACGAGAACUGGGUCUACCUCGAAGAGGGCCAGCUGGACGGCACGUUCGAUGAGGACGAGGUCUUAGAAGCCCUUGCCACGUACCAGCAGGUCCGCAAGCAGAUCAAGGAGCAGAGGUUGGGCCGUCAGUUCUACAAGCCGGGCGACACAGCCAAAGGAAAGGGAUUCGGCGGCCACAAGUCGUCCGGGAAAGGCGUCUUCAGGCCGAAGGGCUCGGGUGCCGCAACUGCGGUCAGCUGGGCCAUUGGAGCCGUGAGUGCAAGUCGCCUUCUACCGGGGCCCCCUCUUCGGUGCCUUCGUCGGCUGCGGCUUCUGGCUCUCAGCGGUCUGCGCAACAUGCUUGCCUCCCGUGCGCUUCAAGCCGAAGCCAAUGCGCCAGUGCUGCCACGCCGCCGCGUGCCAGACCGGACAAGGUGGGCUUUAAGAAACUGGCGGGUCAUCUUGGACAAGCUCUACUCGGUUGUGCUUUGGGGGCGGUUGCAUACGGCGGUGUCGGACUGGAUGGGCCCAGCACCUUUGCCGCGGGCUACGAGCCAGCCUUCGAGCACUUCCUCAGGAAGCCUGGUGGUGGCACCGACCGACAAGGCGAAGUUCUACCGCAACUACCUCGAUGGCAACCCCAAGGAGCUGGCCAGGAUCAAAGGUGUGCCCCCGAUUCCGGAUGCUCAGUUGUGUGGGCACGAGGCACGCUACCUCAAAGGCGGUGGGAAUGGGCAUCAGAACUGGAUUCACUGUGCCCAGUGCCAUUGCCGCUGGCUGCUGAGCCCUCGCUCGGCCUCACUCGUGACCGGCCGGGCCUUGGAGGAGCCGGCGGAAGCUCCCAAAGCAAAGGCCAAGAUGAGAUCCCUGAGGCCGGCCACUGCGGAGACGGCGAGGACAAAGUCGCCGAAGCGAGGCCAGGGCAGCCUGGAGGACGGCGACUGGUCUAUGCUGAGGGAGGCCGACUAUGUCAAGGUUCUUGCCGAGCGGGAGGAGAAGAUGGAACAGUUGCAGGCGCAGCUCGACCUCCUGACGGGCAAGGCCAUGGAGUUUCAGAUGGCCGAAGAUGCGUGCGCUUCGUUGGAGAUGGCGCUCAGCAGCAUGGAGGAACGCAUGAGGAACACGACGAACCAGCUCACCACAGAGUUCCGACGGCUGCAGAUGGCGGAGUCCGAGACGAGGUUCAAGAGCAACCACUUCCCCACCAGGGACACGCGGGAGGAGUGGAUUCAGGCGGCCCAGAACUACAAGAAGGCGGCCGAGCAGAUCCUGGCGUUCUACCAGGACACCCUGAACCAGCGCUCUCAACUGGCCGCCCUCUUGAUGUGGCUGGCGAGACCUGCGCCGGGGCUUGCCGACUUUGUGGUUGUGCAGGCGGGCGCUCGCCUUGUGAGGCGCGACCGGUGCGAUUUCGCCACGCUCGGCGGGAACUAUCUCCCCGAGAUCUUCCAUGUGGUGAACGAGCCCGAGCUGUACCUCCAGGAUACCAUGGACGACGGCAUGGAGGUGGACCUCGCGGCCUACUUUAAAGAUCGCUCGCGGUUAUAG